AUGAUUGAAGAGGAGAUAGAGCAGCUAAGGCAAAUUAGAGUGGAGAAGAUACGGAAGUUCUUUCAGUUAGCUCACAGCCUCGAGGUUUGUAAUGUCUAUUGCCAUUUCACCAAAAUCCCCAAACCAAAGUCAGAUGAGGUGAUCUUCAAGGAGGCCAAGGAUAUGGAAGAUUCUAAGGCUAAGGAAAACCUUCAGCCAAUGACUUUGGAAGAGAAAAUCGACUUCUGGACUAAGGAAGCCGAUAAGCUUACUGUUGCUUUGGCUGAAUGUCAUGACGUGUAUAGCAAGAUACCGCACUCUCAGUUACGCAACCGCAAGUAA